CUGUCGAUUGAUCUCCAUCGACACAAAACGUUUUGAACUGCUAACAAAUCUAAAUCUUCCCAUCACGUAGAAACUUAAAGAAUAUAUAAAAAGGGUCCAUCUCUGCUGUGUUCAACAUAUACCUAUAUAAAUCAUAUAUCUAGUGGGCGUUCCUCACUACCUGUGAGCCUGCAGCUCAAACAGCAAACGGUUAGUGAUGUACAUGAGGCAGGGAAGUAUGAUCGACUAGACGUCACUGAGUUUCAAAUUCACGUGAGAUUUUUGUAAAGUUUGUUCGUAAAUCGUUUAAUUUAUAUUUAUGUUUUUUACUUUCUGAUAACGAUGGUGGCUGGGGAGACUUAAAUCAAAUGUGAUAACUUAAUGGUAAAAAUCAACUGGAUCUGACUUUAUUAAAAAACGAUAAAACUAACAAACAUUAUUCAGACCUUAAACUUUCACGAAUCAUGGCAAUUGAAAUCUCCAUGCAAUAUUCUAACCAAGGUUCAUAAAUUGAUAGUAAUUACAGUAACAAUUAAAUAAAAAGAAUAAUUGACAAUGAAAAAAAAGACCAUGGAAGAUGAAGGUAACACCACUACUGGGCUAACAACAAUUCUCCAGAACUUAGAACGGGUUACUACGGAAAUGAGUAAAGCUAUUUACAAUGGGACAACCUCCGUGGAUUAUCCCACAAUUUCAGAUUCUGUCAACGAAACUACGCAAGUGGAUGUGUUGAAGGCUGUCGCUACACCAUCAACAACUAAUUCAACAAGGAGUUGUACGACAACAACUACUGAGGAACCAUUUGAUGAGUUUGGUCCACCUGAUGGAGUGGAAUACAUAUUUGUCCCCCUCGGGGUGAUGAUAUUCGUGGUGAUACUCACUGCAGUGGUAUUGAUAAUAUCAAGAAAACGAAGAAUGGAGCGUCUGAGACACAGGCUCAUGCCCCUGUACAACUUUGACCCAGGCGAGGAGGGUGAGGAUGAUUGGGAAACCGAAUUACUUGAUGAAGGACUCGGAAGGGCCCAGAGACGAAAUUGAAUUAUUUCAGCAAGGGUAUCAGUCGAUGGAUAAUGAAGAGAAUACCGAAUUAUUUAACCACUGACGCACGAUUCGUCGUGACUGCAGUGAUAAAAAUGAUGAUAAUCCCAUGAGGAUACCACAUCAUUUCUUGAAUGCCAAAGAUGGCAAUGAGGAAGGUGUGGAAUUGCAGUCCAUCGACGAAGAUGUGUGCUGACAGUGCUCUCGCACUACGAAAAUUUAGCCGAUUAUUUGAAUUGCGCCAUUUUCACACAGAAUUCAUAACACUUGGUACUAUUUCAUUCUUUAAAUUGAGGAGUGAUGUUGAUUUAGUAGAUAUGAUUGAGUGUCGAAAAACUCGGAUCAACGAUUUUCGUCAUACUUAACAUCCUAUUGAUGAAAGUGGGGGAAAGAAGUGGCACAGGACAAUGUAUGAACUGUCCGCACCUUUUGCGAAAUUUAUCAAAAUAUUCUACUAUAGGUGGGCACUGAAGUAUAAUUUUUGUUUGGGCAGUUAUGUCUGAGUUUCUCAAUAGAGUACUCAGGCCAGACUUAGAGGAAAACUCCUAGCAUAUCUGCCAAGGAAUUUCAUUUUCUAUGUUCUAUUUCUAUUUCAAAACUAUAUGUAAAAAACUUGACGGAAGGUUAUCCAAGUCGAGAAAUUUUCAUGAAGACUAUCUGAACAGAUUAAAGUCUGUGAGGAUAUCGACAUCUUAAUUUUUCGCAAAAUAAAAACUUCUCCAAAUCUUUCUACAUUCUAAUCUCUCUGAAUUUUUUAAAAGUAUUUUAUAGCUCAUAUUUCUAUAAAACAAGCAGUGUGGCAGGUUCCAUGCAAUUGUUACUCUAUGUUUGACGUUUGUUUGUUCAUUUUUAUCGAAAAAUUUAUGUGAUAGAAUGCUUUCUAAUACAUUUGUUUAUGUGAAAAACUGUUAAGUAGAUAAGAAAUUCUGACUUUUAAUUAAAAACUCAUGACUGUAGUAUCCAAGCAAGUGAGUUUCAAGACAAGUAGAACCAAAAACGGUCAUUCCUAUGGAACACAUAAACACGAAUCCUUUCAGGCUACAUCAGCUUGCGAAAUACUGGAAAGUUAAUCAUUGUCGCGAUUUGGUAAUAAUAAUUAACUUGGUUAUGUAAUGUAUCGAUCACGAAUAAUCCUAUUUUUAAUAUCUUUCGAUUUAAAUCAGAUUGUUAGAAUAGAUUCCACAAAGAAUAUGCUGUAAAUCAACAACGAAUCUUACAAUUACGAUUAUGUUUUGUGAUAGAAUGACGAAGUCACUGGUAUCAUUGUACUGUCAAUCACGAUUAAAUUACUUUCAAUAACUAUUUUUUACGUGAUUGCUGUAACGAACCAGUUUUGGGGCAAAUACAUUAUUACUGACGAUAAACUAAAUCUUGCACGGUGUCAAAAGGUCGGGUUGAUUAAAGUCUAUAUUCAGAAAACAGUCCUAAAAUUUAGUCAUUUCCUUGUGAGAAAUCUUAAAUUAAUGAACGUAGAACCGAGACUACAUACACAUUUCGUCUAAAAACUUCAAUGUGGGAAAAUAGUGUUCAGUUGCAAAAAUAAAGUUUGUGGAAUACGUUCCUUCAGAUAUACGUAAGGGAUUCUGGAGUAAAAAGGAAAUUAAUUACGAGUGGUUCCAUUGUUAAUUAAUUGGUUUCCUUCACCAAACACAACUACAUUAAUGAAGCAUUUGGCAUUUAAAUUAGUGGAUAGACUGGCACAAAGCAAAAGCGUACAUGACGUAAAAAAACGUAAAUGAUCAUGGACAUUUGUGGAUGGGAUUUAAGAACCCUAUUGGGCUGUGCUUCGACAGUGUUUUUGCGCUAAAUUCAUCACGUUGUUAAUUUAAAAAUUGAAUGUCUUCGAAGCCAACUAUUUUACAAUCACCGUGAUAAUAAUUGAAUGACUUUCGACAACGGGUUUUUCUUGCUUUCCAUUAUUAUUGAGUGGUUCACGAAAGAUAUUCAACAGUUUUUAUUGUGACACCAAUUUAAAUAAAGAGAUAUCCAUAUUACCCCGCGCUCCCCUGUAGUUAACGAAUAUAGUUUUCCUUCGAUUCCUUGAAUCGUCCUACACCAAUCCACCAUUAUCCCGAUUUCAGGGCUUAAAAAUAAAUGGGUGAUCGAAAAAAAAUAUCACAAAUGUUUGAAAUAAUGAGAUAGUCCUAAAUAACUAUUUGAAAAACUUUUAUCAAUAUCCAAUACUUUGACAAGUGUCAACCAUUGCUGGAAAAAAAUACCAAUCAUGCAAUGUAUGUUAAUCAUAAUUCUUGAACUUAGAGAGAACGAUUGUUCAUUAAAUGUGCAAAAUUUACAUGAAAAGGCCGAUCGAUUCGUCGUUGUCAUUUCUAGUUCGCGCAACUAAUAUGGUUCAAAUGACAGCUUUAAAAUGUGGAGUAUUAACCGGAAAUUGUCAAACGGAAUGAAAUUCAAAGUUUUUUCCAGGCGGACGUUCUCAAAAUAGUACUUAAAACUGCACUUUAUCAUCAAGCUUGAAAAUUAUAUCAGUUAUAGUUUUCAGUAAAUUAUGUUCAUAUUUUUUAGAUAUGACUUACACGUAAGUUGAAAAAAAUAGAAAAAUCUCAAAAUUGCAUCCAUUAAUCGGUACAUGACAAAAGAAGACAAGGCAAUACAAUAUUGAACAAUCAAUAGAAUCAAGUGUACUACAGCUGCAUGCUUAUGAUUACGGAUUGUAUCUUUCAACGUGCCAAAGACUGGGCAAGUCGGCGACAAAAUCCGAAUCUUAAAAAAUUAAAAAAUGCCAAUGUGCAAUAAAUAAAAAAAUAUAUCUUUCACUUAACAUAUAUGACUACUUAUGAAAUACGUACGUAUUGCAGAACACGACAAUCUGUGGUGUCAAUUGCAUAAUUAUUGAUUUUUUAAAUUAACGGAUAAUGAAUAAUUCUUUGAUUAGAUUCAGAGGAGAAACAAUUCUGGGAAUAUUCAAUACUCGUCUUUCUGUACUGGAUUAAGCUAAGAUUAUCUUCGAUUUUGUCUGAAACUUUACCUGUGAUAGACUCGACUGUUACGCAAUUUUUGAAUCUUUGGCGAAGUUAUGGUGAGAGACAAGUACAAAAAUUUCAUACAGAUUAUUUUUUUCUUCUUUCUCAUUUCGACCAAUUAGAGUGUCGCAUUUGAAGUGGCGUCAUACUUUCCCCAUCGCUCCUACUUUGAUGUAAUCUACUCUGCCUCGGGUGAAUUAUCAAAGUGAUAAUUCCACACUAGCCUAUCAAUUGUUCUCCCAUUUUUAACGAACACCAGAUUUCCCACAUAUCCGUCAUAUGCUUCACGUUAGCCCAAAUAUGGCACUCUAAUCGGUCAAAAGCAGAAUACACAAAAAAAUGCUCCGAAUACAUUUCGACUGUAAAAAUAAAUUGAAUACAUUGCUUUUCUGGUUAAGGAUUCUCGUCAGAAGUUUUGCAUUAGAACCCCUCUGGCAUAAAAGAAUAUCUAUCAAAAAAUAUGUCAUAAGUUUCAUCGUCUCGGGCUACGAUGCCGGAUUAGUUCCCUUAUCUUUGAAAUGGCUCGUUCCCUUGAUAUCUAGAGACUAACAUCAAGUAAAUCUUUUCGUGAUUCACGGGAUUCAUUAAGAGCCCCAAAUAGGAUGUUCUUGUAGCCGCUUGUUCCAAUAUAUUCACGAAAUAAUCAGCGAAAUUAUUUUGGAUUCAACGCUUCGCAUUCUGAUUCUUGGAUAAUUGUUAAAUACCUCCAUGAAUGUUGGAAACAAUCAACUCUAUCUAUUUUUAUUAACUCGGUAUAAUGCAAUGUGUAUUGUUGCAGUAAUGAAUUAGCCAAUUGCACAGAGUAGUAGCCAUUUUUCUGUUCAUGCUAAAAAACAAAUAUUUUAAGCAUUAUUUGCAGAAGGAAUUGUAGAUGAUAAUGUAGUAGUUCUAUACAAUAAAAUUCACAUAGCUGGCCUAUUAAUUAUGUAAUAGAAAUUAUUCAAUACUCGUUUAGUCAUAUUGUAAUUUGCCAGAUAUAAGAGCAUAGCUCAAAUAUUGAAAUUAUUUUCGUCACAAAAAGUCAAUGUUCAAUAGUUUGAGUGAUUCAAAAUCUCCAACUAAACAUAAAAGUGUUCAGAAAAUUGAAAAAUUCAGAAUAAAAAGAAAAAUUAAGCUAAAAAAAAUAUUCUUCAACGUGAGAAUGAUGUUUUUCGUUUAAGAUAUUUUUCCAUCACAACUACAGGAUGCACUAAUUAAAUAAGAGUAUUUUGUGAAUUUAUUUACUUUAAUACAAAUUUUACAUUCACACAAUGUUACUGUCUCAGAAACGGGCCUCUGUUGUACAUUUGUUUGCGUUAUUAUUACAUUUUUUCCAUUCCAUUUUUUUGACAAUUGCAGUAUGUUGAAAUAGACUUCACGCAUUCAUAACAUACUAAAGAGUAUUUUACUAUUUUGCAUUUCUUUAAAAAUUUUCGUUUCUAAUUACUCUUAU